AUGGUUCAUUUAGAAAAUGUCUUUUUAAAGAAUGUACUAUUGUAUUUACCAACAUUAAAAGAUGUUGGGAGAUUUGCACAAGUAUGCAAAUCAUGUGAAGAAGCAAUCAACACGAUUUAUGUUAAUCCAUAUGAAUUAACAAUCCAUCAUUCAUUUGAUGAAAUUAUUCCAUUAUUUCCUAAUUUACAAACAUUUUAUGUUAGAAGAUGUCCAGAAAGAUUAUACAAAAUAUCAGCAAAUGAUAUUCCACUUAUUGAAAUAGGAGAGUGGAGUGAGUCAUUACAACCUACACAAGUAUUUAAUACAAAAUGGUUUUGUUCAAAAAUAAGGAAAUUACGAAUGACAGAUUUUUUCUACAUGAAAGAUACAAUAAAACAUCCAGAAUAUUUUACACAAUUACAAGAAUUAGUUAUUUUAAAUAAUAACGACUUAAAUAUAAUAAUAAAGUUACUUAAAUUACCAACAUUAAAAAAAGUAAUUAUUUUUUGUGGUAUGAAGGAGUUUCAAGAACUUUCAGAAUUAUUUGAUUUCAAUAAAUACAAACAAAUCAAUUUCGUUAUUAUUUUUGUUUUAACUGAAUAUAGUUGUAAGAACACCAAAUUAAUAGAAAUAAAUUAUAACCAAUUUAUUAAUUGUAAAUUUUAUACUAGAAUAUUUACUAAUUUAACAAUAAACUUACCAUCUUUACCAUCUUUACCAUACGAAAAAUCAUAUGGUUAUAAUCAAAGAGAUGCUAUUGAUACUAUCAAUAACAACGAGAUAUUAAAUGAAAUUUAUAUUAACAAUGACACGAUUAUAAAAAAUAAUAUUUAUAGUGCUUUAAUUAAACAGAUUUGGAAAGAGUACGAACUAAAUACAAUUGAUUUAACAAAGCUAUACAUUCACUCUGGUAUUAUAAAUGCUCAAAAACAAAAUCUAGUUAUUAUUAUUCCUCCUAACUUGAAAUCUUUAAAAGUUUUUAAUUGUCAAUCAUCAAUUGAUAUUUCAAAAUGUCACUUAAAAGAAAUACAGUUUCGUGACUAUAAAGGAAAACCUCUAGAAGUUAAUGAUGAUAAUUUAGAAGUAUUUGAAAUUAAUUCUAGUCAACAAGUAAAAUGGUAUCAUAACGGUACAUUACUUAAACAAGAUGAAAUCUUUUUAGAUGCAAACAAAAUUACUUCAUUCAAAAUUACUUAUUCAAACCAUUUUAUAAAUGAUCUAAAUAAUAAUACAAAAACUAUCGUUUUUAAAUAUAAUGAUAAGGAGACCAUAUUAAAUAAAAUUCAAUUUUUUGAUUUUGAAGGAUAUUAUAUUGACUUUUCAUGUGUUAACAAGCAAAUAGAUUUUAGUGAAUAUCCUUUUGAUUCUAUUAAUAUACAGGAAUCUCAUAUUAAUAAUUUAAAAGUAAACUGUAAUUCAAUGGAUUUAAAUAAUGUUGAAUGUGAUAAUUUAAUUAUUGAUGGAAUUUGUGAUAAUAUCAACUUCGAAGAUUGUAAAAUAAAUUCAAUAAGAUGUAAUAUUAUCAAUAGUUUGAAUUAUGUCAGUCAGA